AUGGACGUGCUUACCCAGCGCGGAUGGUUCAAUUACUUGGACCACCUACUGCAAUUGAGAGACAAUGCUCUUGUAGUUGCAGGUCCGCCGUGCAGUUUAUACGUGUGGAUCUCACGCGGAACGCAUUCCAGGUUAAGCCAUGGACAUGACAUCUAUGGCAACACAAAGUAUUUAUCCAUUCGCAUGUCCAAUGCGAUUGUCAGAAACUUUGUUUGGCUCCUGAAAAAGAUCCACCUUAUUCGACCUCUUUUCUGGAUCAUCGAGCAACCCACAUCAAGCCAGAUGUUCCUUGUGCCCGAGAUGGACGAGGCGUUGCAGAUGUGGGGGUUGUGGCUCACUACCACGUGGAUGGGAUGCUUUGGUCAUGUGCUCUGGAAAGGGACGAAACUCAUGAACAAUAUCCCGAACAGCUCAAGGCUUAAGCGGAAGUUGACCAUGCAGCAAAAGAAGGCCAUUGCCUUGCGCAAGCGGAAAAUGAAUAAGAGGGCUCAGGCUCAAGGCGGUUCAAAGAAGGUCUACUACAGGAAAAGUGCUGAUGGAAGGGUGACAGGUGGGAAAGACCUUGGAAGCACCGCCACCUAUCCGAGACAGUUUGCACACCAGGUCUUCUUUGUGUGGAAAGCUGCUUUCCAAGCUCUGAAAAACCCUUGA